AUCAACCUGGUAUCUGUGGUAGUGGGUUUUUGAAGAGUAGCUUUGGCAAGAUAAGGGUUUUGCUGAAGUUUUGUUAGCUAGUUACAGGUGUUCUGGUGUUCACAUUUUAUUGGACAAGUCUAAAUCAUUAUCAACAUGGAGAAAAUGCUUCCUGCCACAGAGGCGGUCAAAAUCUACCAGACAAACUAUGUGAGAAAUGCCAGAGCUAUUGGUGUCUUGUGGGCAAUUUUCACCAUCUGCUUUGCCAUCAUCACAGUGGUGGUGUUCAUUCAGCCCUACUGGAUCGGUGACAGUGUCAACACCCCACAGUCUGGCUACUUCGGGCUCUUCUACUACUGCAUAGGCAACCCCAUCACCUCAGAACUUGUCUGCAAGGGCAGUGUUCUCGACUUUAACUCCAUUCCGUCCGGGGCAUUUAAGACUGCCAUGUUCUUCGUGGGAACCUCAAUGCUGCUUAAUGUGGCCACCAUGGUCUCAUUCGGUCUUUUCUUCUUCUGCAGUGCAGCGAGUGUGUACAAGAUUUGUGCAUGGGUGCAGAUCUCUUCAGCUGUGCUGUUGGUGAUGGGCUGUAUGAUUUACCCUGAUGGAUGGGACUCUCCUGAAGUAAAGCGGAUGUGCGGUGAGCGGACGAGCAAGUACACACUGGGGAACUGCACAGUGCGCUGGGCCUACAUUUUGGCCCUCAUCUGCAUCCUGGAUGCACUCAUGCUUGCACUUGUGGCCUUCACACUGGGAAACCGACAGGACAAACUGCUGCCUGAUGAAUUUGAACUGGAGACAGGAGGAAAAAGCUGAAUUCAGAAGCUGUUCUGACAACUGCAAAGAAUCACAAUAGGCAUCCUAAAGCCACCGAGUAUAUAACCACUGAGGCAGACCGGUGAAUACUAAAACUGGUAAAAAUCCAAAUAAAGACAUUACAAGCUUUAAUUUUA